CCACUGACCACCACCACACAACUUUGUCAGCCUCCCUCGCCAAUCAUCAUCCCUCCUCCCACCACACCCACCCCGACCAUGUGGUCAUCUCAGUGACUACGGAUGAGGUCAUGCUGGGCUGUAAUGACCACAACCAAGAGGUGGUACGGCCAUGUGAUAUACAUGAUACAACACACCACUGUCUUCCUGGGUCUCGGCUACAGAUGGGAAUAACACCCCGUUAGCAGGAUCUGCAAUUAACCCUACUGCUUAAGCCUGCUCACACAGCCAAGAGGAUUCCCCCGGACAAUCCUAGAGUGAGAGUAGAGAGGUAUUUCCACAGGCAGUGUAGAAGGUGAUAAGGUAUAACAUUGCUGAAUCAUCAACUGAGUGUGUGGAAGUACUACCGGGAUUGUCCUGCCCAUGUGUUCAGUCAGUGAGGAGGCAAUACAUUGUGUGUCUUCAGGUGAUACAGUGUGUGUCUUCAAGUGGUACAGUGUGUAUCUUCAGAUGAUACAGUGUGUGUCCUAACACAAUACAGUGUGUCUUUAGGCGAUACUGUGUGUGUUGCCAGGUGAUACAAGGCAGUGUCUUCAGGUGAUACGAGUUAGUGUCUCUGGGUGAUACGACUGCCAGGCAUGGAAUAACGUACAGGUCUGCCUAGCAGCCACAGUGCCAGGUACCUAUGGAGGACGGGAUUUUACUAUUGACGUUACUACUAACGCUGUGCUUGUUACUCACUACAGAUGGAUACGAGAGCCAGGUGGCGUGUCAGGGGGAACAGAUGGUGCUAUGGUGCUAUGGUACUACGGGGUGGCAAUCUACUCCGCCAUGUUCGGUCGUACAGCUACCGGAACCAAUGUCUGUGAAUACAGUGGCCCAAAACACAUAGACUGCCAGGCGCGGAACACUGUGGAGGCAGUUCGCAGCAAGUGUCAUGGCCGCAAGCAGUGUGUUCUGGAGGCGGAGGAGUACGUCUUUGGAAACCCUUGUGAAGAAAGGGUCAAUAAAUAUUUAAACGUAACUUAUACAUGUGUUCCUAAAAAAAUAUUUAAGGCAGCUCACCGGAAAGAAAGGAGGCGGCAUCACAAGAAGGACAGGAAGAAUUCCCUGCGAAGUAGCAGCACCGAGGCCGGCGUGUUGACCAAGAACAGUGAGACAUCCACGCCAAUAUACAAGACAUCCAGGAAGGUGAUCACAGUCAGGCCUGAGCAGGCUUCAGCAGAUGCUGCAGGAUCUGACAAGAAGUCAGGCAAAGGUGACCCCAACUCCGUCAACACUAACAAAAAGGCAGGUGACAAUAACCCAGGCUUUGUCGACCCUGACAAGGACACGCCCAUCAAAGACAAGACGAAGCCAACUGAAGCCAGCAGUGGCACCACCACCAACCCCUGCGACAACUACACCACCGUUCCUGCUGGUCAACAGAGAGAUAGAUCCAUGGGGAUUCUCAUGAACUGGCUCAACGCUGUCAACUUUUUGAACAAGAAUGUUGAGAAGGUUAUUUUGUAUCUGGUCCUCGGAGUCUGUGUUGGGAUCAUCAUUCUCCUCACCGUGAUUCUCAUCAAAAUAGGACGUGAUUAUAAACGCAAUGUGCGCGCCAAAUUGGACGUUACAGAACCCACUCAUAGUCAUAAUGUCACCUCCAAUCAUCAUCCUUUGGAGGCUUCAUCAAUAGAACGGGCAGAAUCUAUAGACCGUAUCGAAGUUGUACUUGUUCGAUUUAGCCCUCGUGGCACAUUACGAAAUGACACAGGAACAAGAAGUUUAAGUAAUUAUUACGGCUGAAAUAUUCCAACAUUCUAGUGCAAAUGUGUGCCAUGGCGGUAACCAAAGGAUUUGUGAUAGUUGAGAGUUACCUCCCUUGAAACAAGGUCAUCUCCCCUUGUUAUGUGGUUGUGAUGUGCAAGUGCAAUUGUUAUGGAGAUAUUUGUGAGAAGAAAAAGAAGAUAUUUUUGUGCAUUUUCACAAAAGUUCUUUUUGAUACAACUUUCAAGUUGUACAUUAACCCCUAGUGACAAUAUUAGUACGGGCAAUAACAGUGCUGUUGAAAUGUGUACAUAAUGAGGUGAUUGUGUGUAACCCACAUAUGGAGUGUGACAAACAUAUUGGGGGAAAUAGAAGAGGAUGCACCAAGAUGUUCAAGUCAGUGUAAUCAGGACCGUUAUGGAACUUCCACAUUACAAUUAAAGCCCUUACAAAUCCUGAGCUGAAAUGUGACAUACCGAACAAGUUGAUCUGUUACAAGAAAACUUAAGCCAUCGACUGAAGCUAUAUCUAACAAUGGACACUGGAAAACAGACACAGGAUGUUAGCUCUCACGAAGCGGACAAUGAAACCCAAUGUGUGAGAGUUAAAAGUAAGCAGAAACAAUUCUCACAGUUCAAUCAAGUCUGCUUGCAGCAAUCAUGUCUAAAUGUUUAUUAACAUUUUUGCACCAAACACCUUAAGGUGACGUUUACAUCCAUUUUUCUUUCCUACUCUUUACCAAAGCUAAGGCUAACUGCAGUGAGUGAAUAUGGUUUUACGCCGCUUUCAGCAAUAUUCCAGCAAUAUCACAGCAGGGGACACCUGAAAUGGGCUUCACUCAUUGUACCCAUGUAGGGAAUCAAACCCGGGUCUUUGGCGUGAUGAGCAAGCACUUUAACCGCCGCUACCCCACUCCAUAUUAAUAUUUUAAGCCAACAGGCAGAGGUGUCAUGAGAGAUUGACUAUUUGAUGUUCUUGGGAGGCCUGGGAAUUUUAUAGUCACAACAUUAUUUGGUUUUAGUCAGCACUUCAGCACAUUUUUUGCCUCUGAAUUGAGAGGCCAUAUAUAUUUUAAUUACCUUCGAGAACAUGUAACAUGUUCAUUAUAGAUGAUGAUAUAAAUAACAAUAAUAAUCAUGAAUAUUUUUGUAAAAUGUUAAAAAAAUUAUUUUGGGGAUAGAUAGCCCAGAGCCCUCUCACAUGUAUCAAAUAGUCAACAGCUAUGAUCAAAUAUAUUAUUUAUGGCAUGAGUGUUGUUUCUGAGAAGACUUCUAGCUGGUCCACCUGCAGCUGGUGAUGUUUGCUCUGCUCAUUGGUCCGUUGUGCUACUGUCAGUCAUGAUAUUAGUGUUAACCAAUGGCUUCCCCCUGUGAUAAAUGUUUUGUAAACAUUUUGAUAAAAUUUAUAAAUUUUAAUAUAUGAUAUAUUCCAACAUUGAUCUGACCAUUUCCUGUAACUAUAGGGCAUACUCUGAAGUUCAAUCUAAGCAACCGUUUCUAUUCCAGUGUCAUGAACUGUUAUUUUAGCAACGAAUAUCAUUUCAUUCUAUUUCAACAGUUUAUAGAAUAUGCAACUUCCCUUUGACACAGAUUUGUGAUAUUUAACAAGUAUUUAUUUGAAAGUUCAAUAAAAUCACAUCAAAAUCUGAGAGAAAGUUGAACAUUUUUAGCAUUUCUUUUGCAAGCUUUAUUGAAAAAUAUGUGUAAUAAUAAAAACUGCAACACAUCUAAAUUUACAAUGAGAAUUACUUGACUGACUGCAAGGACAUUUUGUCUGCUGAAAAGUCCACCCUAUCACUUAUUAGCCAUUUGUUGGUCACAUGUAUUAAACCUGUGUAGCUUUACCUCAAAUAUUUGACAAAAGCAUGUGCUGGUCACAUCAGAGUUCUCUCCCUUAGACUGUUCAUAUUAGUCUCUAUAUAUCAGCAUACUGAAUAUUGACGUCAAAGAUCUGUAGUAUUGCAUAAUAUAUUUACAAAUUAAAUAUCUGCACUGUCUAUUCACAAUGUCUAUUUCUUUAUUUCACUUCAGUUCUGUUGUUAUUGUCGUGGAGGUUGAUUUAAUUGUCUGUACACAAGGUUGAAUGUCAGCCAUAUUUUCUGAGUACAUUUUGAUAUGGAAGUGUUUUAGCAUUCCGAUAUUCUGUGUGUGCACUCAUUGUAUCCAGUGAUUAUCUUGUUUGUGAAAAUCUGCAUCCAUCCUCAUCAGUUUUUAUGUGACUGUUGAGUCUUCGAACCACGUGAUUCAUAAUUUACGCCUCUCAAAUUAUGAUGGUUAGUUACUGUGGAAAUUAACGAAAUGCUCAAGCACAGAUAUUUGUGUGUAACCAUUUUGCCAAAGUUUUAUGGUAUGCUAGUUUUUAAGGAAAUGCUGAUGUGUUUGCAAUCUCAGGUUUUUCGGCAUUUAUAUGCAUGCACCCUGCCAUUGAGUGCCUAGAUUGUCCUUGCCACUGGUUGGAAACAGCCAUCUUGGUCCAAAACGUCUGAGCUGUGCACGGCACUUUCUUCCGUAAUCCGUCAAAUAUAUACAUUUGUAUCACCUGUAAAACCAUUCAGAUGAUUCUUUAUAAAUGAGACAAGAAGCACUACAAAGCUGAAUAAAUUUGACAUUUGGGUCUCAUAUAAUUACUCCCAGCCAAUCAAAUUGAUAGAUUGAAUUCAAGGAGGUAGAAUGAUGCAAUGUAAAUCUUAGUGAAAUAGAAUAUUAAUUUAAAAUUAAAUAAAUUUUACUUAAUGUUUAUUUAUAGAAAAUAACCUCAGAUCAUGUCUGACAUUUCCUGCAUUUCGAAUAAUGAGAUAGAAAUUGAGAAAAAGCAAACAAUUACAACUGGACUUGCUUAAGGCUGAAAUUAGAUGCAAUACAGAGAUUUGCAUGUCGCUCAAGAUCCAUUAUAUUUUGUUCAUUAGCUUAAAGAAUCGGUGUUAACAGCUAUUUUUUGUUAAGAGAAUUCCAAACCAUCAAUCAUGAUAAGGAUCCAUAUUAAAUGUGUAAAAACUUUGAAAUAUAUUUUCAGCCUUUCAAAUUUAACAAAUACCAGACCAGUUUCCAUAUAAAUAUACCCCACCUUUCUCCCAUUGAAGAGUCUCUGCUCAUUCAACGUCUACAGCCCACUGAGAGGAAUACAUUUAGAGGAAAGAGGUGAUUAUAUGGAAUAUCUCCCAGCACUUGUGUAUUGUACCAUUAUCACAAUAUUCUCAUGUGUUCAUUGUGCUGCAGUGUGUUCACUAUCAUCUACAUCUUCUUUACUUAAACUAGAGCCCAGAACAAAGCCAUAUAACAAGUCUGUGUGUUGAUCAGUUAUAAACCUUGAUUGGUACAUGUGUACUGAUAGCAGCCCAUCCUCAUGUCUGACUGACACAAUUAUAAUGCACCGGAGUUGAACCAAUGGUGUCAUACACAAACCCUACUGCCAAUCAAAAUAUACUUUUCAAAACAGAAUUUCUUGACACAAUUAUAAUGCACCGGAGUUGAACCAAUGGUGUCAUACACAAACACUACUGCCAAUCAAAAUAUACUUUUCAAAACAGAAUUUCUUGAAAAAUUCUCUUCUGUGGCCUCUAAGAACAAAAGAUAAACUUUAAAUGGAUAUUGUGCCACAAAACUGUAAAUGAAAGGUUUCAGUCCAAUAAAUGAACAUUACUGGUAUAAAUGAGAGUAGCCUUGAGAUUAUAAACCAUAGAACACAGAGGAGGACUCAAAGUUCCACCAUAAAGCCUAUAGGGGUAAGUCUGUUUUCGUCAGAUUCCUAUCUGCUCUCAUGUGUAUCUAUUCAUUAACUCACUUCAUCAAAUGUCUGUUACUGUUGUUUUUAUAGAACUUGAAUUCAUGCAUUCUUGUGUUUUCUUUCUUCAACAAUAAUUCUAGUCAAACCUGACCACAUAUAGAUUCAAGUUUCUAUUUUCAUCAGUAACAAACCACUACAAAUAAAUGUUAUGGAGAAUUAUGAAAUACAUGUCGGUCGGAUGCUCUAACCACUACACCACGGAGGCGGUCCUCCAGUGAAGUAAUGAUAUGAUGUGGAGUGUAACACAUAUAAGUCAAAGAAGCCCUACAAUAAAUUUUACUACUAUCUUUGCCUGAUAUAGUUGGCAACCAGGCUGGGGCACAUGUUGCAUAGGAAACAUUGUCAUGCAUGUGAUGUACUACUGUUCUGUUUUCAGUGGCCAGAGUACUCUCUGGUUCUCUACUGACUACAUUGCAAAAAGUUUAUAUAUAAACUUCUCAAGUAUUGACAAUAAUUGUUCGGGUGAAAUCCUUCCCCCCAGCCCAGAGUCCCUUCAAUCUGUGUCUAAGGGCUGUUGGUAGGUGUUAAACACAUGGUCUCUGUGUAAAUUAGGGCAGUCAUUAAUUGCUGGGUAGGAUACACAAUGUGACAACAGAAAAUCAAAAACUUCAAUCAAGCUAGAACUAAGCAAUAAUCUGUGCCCAGUCUCCCUCCUGCUUACCUCGUAUGUUGUGUCUACAAGAGACACACGUCGCAUUUAUAUUCAGAUUUAUCCAUUCAAGUGUAAAAGAAAACAAUUAAUAACAAGAUUGAAAAAAAUCUCUGAUCAGAUA